GGGAACCGGAAAUGCCCUCCGAAUUCCUCCAUCAAGCUCACUGGUAUGACUCCGCUCUCAAAUCGGUGUCUGAAUCGGCGGAGAUGAUCUAUGUCUACAAAACGGCGGCGCACGGAUUCUCCGCCAAGCUCACAGAGCAAGAAGCUCUGUUUCUUGAAACUCUGCCCGGCGUCGUCUCUGUUCAGCCGGAGAGAAAGUACCAGCUCCACACCACCAGAACGCCGUCGUUUCUGGGACUGGUUGCUUACCUUUUACCCGGAUCUGCUGCUGAAAGUGACGUUGUCAUCGGAGUAGUAGACACCGGAGUCUGGCCGGAGAUAAAGAGCUUCGACGACCGACGACUUGGUUCGAUCCCAACCACUUGGAAAGGCACGUGCGAGACGGGAACCAAUUUCACCGCAUCGAAUUGCAACUAGAAACUGAUAGGUGCGAGGUACUUUUCGAAAGGGUAAGAGGCAAGUCAGGGGCCGGUCAACGAGACUCUGGUGAGCAAAUCUCCCCGGGACGAUGAAGGCCAUGGGACCCACACAAUCUCCACCGCAGGAGGAUCGCCUGUUCAGCACGCCGGCCUGUUCGGUUACGCGGCCGGAACUGCUCAGGGCAUCGCUAAGAACGCAAGAGUCGCAGCCUAUAAAGGCUGCUGGGUCGACGGUUGUUAUAGUUCUGAUAUAUUGGCGGCCAUGGAAAGUGCCAUCCAAGACGGCGUGGAUAUUCUUUCCUUGUCUCUCGGCGUUGGGUCUGUUGACUACUAUGAUGAUGUCAUUGCCGUUGGAGCAUUCUCCGCCGUGGAGAAGGGAAUUGUGGUAGUUUGCUCCGCCGGGAACGAUGGUCCUAGUCUAUACACCGUGUCCAACAUGGCACCGUGGAUCACCACCGUUGGUGCCGGGACUCUUGACCGUGAUUUCCCGGCUCCGGUAACCCUCGGUAACGGAAAUAAAAUUCCCGGUGUUUCUCUUUACAAUAACAAAGCUGUUCCAUUUCCCGCCAAAAAAUUUCCUUUCGUCUACGCCGGGAACCUCAGCAACGCCACGGAUGGGAAUUUGUGUGUUCGGGGAAGUUUGGAUUUGAGCAACGUGAAGGCAAAAAUUGUACUUUGCGACCGGGGGUCAAAUGCCAGAGUUGAUAAGGGCUACGUUGUAAAAGCCGCCGGAGGGGGCGGGAUGGUGUUAGCCAACACGGCCGAACAGGGAGAAGAGUUGGUGGCAGAUCCCCAUUUACUUCCGGCAACGCACGUGACAAAAAAAUCCGGAGACAUCAUUAAACCAUCACCUGUACUUCCAGCUUUCAGUUCUCGCGGCCCCAACACUAUGACGCCAGAGAUACUGAAACCCGAUGUGAUUGCACCGGGGUCAGCAUUCUUGCGGGAUGGAAUGGGGCCACCAGCACAAAUGGUUUACGAGAAGAUCCCAGACGUGUCGAAUUCAACAUAAUAUCAAGGACAUCCAUGUCGUGUCCGCACGUGAGUGGCAUAUCAGCUUUGCUUAAAGCGACGUACCCGGAUUGGAGCCCUGCUGCAAUCCAGUCUGCUCUGAUGACCACAUCGUACAUAACCUACAUGUCAGGUACCCCACUUAUAGAUGCCGCGACGGGGAAGGAAGCCACACCAUAUGACUCUGGGUCGGGUCAUGUGAACCCCAUGUCUGCAUUAAACCCGGGGCUUGUUUACGACAUAGACACAAACGGUUAUCUAAAAAGAAAUUAGCCAUAAUAGGACUUAAACAUGCUAAAAAACUCAUAUUAGGACUUACCAAGUUUUCUCUCGUUAAUAGGACUUAUACGGUCCUAUCUUACGUUUUACUACUUUAGGAAAUAUCCUAAAUACCCCAGUUCGAAGUUCGCUUGAGAUUGUUUACACGCACGUAAAAUUUAUCGGCCUUUUUCGGUUAUCCAGUUUCAAGCGGUUAAGGAGUUUCCGUUUACUUGUUGGUUGAGUAGUUUCCUUAUCCGAGUAGUUUCCUUGUUCGUCAAUUCUGCAUCUUUUUCCUGCAUUCGUCAAUUCUGAGUACGAGGUCAUAGCUGCCUGUGUUUCGUUCUUUGCAGGGUAUGUUUACUUCAAAUUUAAAGCUUUCAUAAUACUGGCCGUGAUUCUGUUUUCGUUCGUCAAUUCUUCUUCAAUCGUUGUUACAUUGAAGAAUAAAUUUGUUAUAUUAGAUAUACGAUCGCUUUUUCCUGCAUUCUUUUUCCUGCAUUCGUCAAUCCUUCUGUUUUUUCCUUCCAGCUCUGUUUUUUUCUUCAAUUUCAUAUUAUCGAUCCUUUCAUCAUAUGAUCGCUUUCAAAUUCGUUAUAAUCAACAAUUUAUUUCGUAUGUCAUUGUACUCUGUUUUAUUUCAUUAAAUUUCAUCCGCUAGUUUAGAUAUCAGUUUGUAUCUACAAUUUAUUUUGUUUUUGUUAAAUUCUCUAUUCGUCUACCUAAAUUAUGCCCUUCGAACUGUCAUUUAGUUUGUUCGAACUGUCAUGUAUAUGCAUUUUUUGAUUACUCCUUUUUAUGUUCUGUAAUUGUAUAUAAUUGGUACACAUUCUUAUAAAUUGUCAUAUUGUUAACACAACUGUCAUAAUUUUGUCCAAACUGUCAUUUAGUUUGUGCUACGUUCCUACCUGUAUAUGCAUUUUUUGAUUUCACCUUUUUAUGUUCUGUCAUUCAAUGGUACACAUCCUUAUAAACUGUCAUAUUGUUAACAAAACUGUCAUUAUUUUGUCCGAACUGUCUUUUUUCAUACUGAAAUAUUUCUUUUGCUGCAUUUUUUUUGGAACCUUUUUACCACAAUGGAUCCUAUUUUACUUGUUAUGGUCAAGGUUGACGGUUUUUGGGAUUCUAACAAUGUGUUCAACAAUGUCCACACAUGUGGC